AUUUUGUAAGAAAAUCUAAUGAACAUUUUCCGAAAUAUUUGAUCAUUUCAUGACUCUUGCCUGCCCCUAUAUCUUUGUGUUAUUCGUGUUUCAAAUAAACAGAUCGAGAAUGAAUUCUUAUCUAAUCUUGUGUACACAAGAGUGAUAAUUAAUUUACCAUAUAGUGUUUGAUUGUUUUCCGAGACAUGGGUAUUUUUCCUUUGUAAAAGCUAUUAGAUGUUAUCCUGAAAAAAAGAAAAGAGCUUGAAUCUAAAAGUCAGCACCAAAUAGAACUGAUGGAUCCAUAUGAGGCUGUGAACAGUUGUAAAGUCUUCCAUGAAAAAAAUACUGGGUACAUAGAAGAAGAAAGUCCGCAACAUUACUGCUAUUGGGACCCUCUCUAUCCUGAAAAUCCUGCAAGGGUUGCCUGCUGCAAGAAAAGGCUAGCUGCUCUCAAAUUGAGAGAACGUUGUGAAAUUGUGACUCCUGAACAUUUUCCAGAAGAAGUUUAUUUGAAAAAUCAUGAUGCAGAACUGUUCGAAGAGCUCAAAAGUAUCUCUAACAUUGCUGUUGACCAAUUGGAGAAGAAAUCGUCUGAAUAUGAUUCCGUUUAUUUCACACAGGAAACCUUUGAAUGCUCAAUUCGGGCUGCUGAAGCUGCAUUGACUCUCACCCUAAAAGUAGCUAAAGGUGAACUGAAAAAUGGCCUGGCAUUGAUCAGGCCCCCUGGGCACCACGCUAUGAGUGAUGCCUUUUGCGGGUACUGCUUUUUGAACAACGUGGCCGUAUCUGCCCAAGCUGCAAUAGAUCAAGGACUUGCAAAAAAGGUCCUUAUUGUGGAUCAUGAUGUGCACCAUGGACAGGGGACGCAAAGAAUGUUCUACGAUAGGAACGAUGUAUUAUAUUUCUCGAUUCAUCGUUAUGAACAUGGUGAAUUCUGGCCAAAUUUGAGAGAAAGCGAUUCAGAUUACAUAGGAGAAGGGCCAGGUAGAGGAUACAACAUAAAUGUCCCAUUGAAUGUUACUGGAUUAGGAGAUUCUGAAUAUUUAGCAACUGUACUUAACAUACUGCUUCCAGUUGCCUACGAGUUUGAUCCGGAUCUUAUCUUAAUAUCUGCUGGGUUUGAUUCAGCUAUAGGAUGUCCAGAGGGGGAAAUGCUAGUAACUCCACAUUUCUACGCCAGCCUGAUUACUCUUCUCUCUGGCCUAGCAAGAGGAAAAGUCGUAGUUUGUCUGGAAGGAGGUUACUUCCCAGAAUCUCUUGCUGAAGGGGUUUGUAACACCCUCCAAGCGUUACUUGGAGACGCCUGCUAUCCAAUUGAUUUGCUCGCUAACCCAACAGUUCAUCCCGCUUUAACCGAUGUUCUGAAUAAUUUGAAGUAUUUCUUGCGGGAUUAUUGGGAAUGCUUCAAAACUGAUAUAAAAUUUGAAUAUCCAAAACGAACUGAGUUAGUGGCUCGAAUGAAGCUUGAGGAAGGAGAACAUUUGACUUGUCUGUCUUAUAAGUUUCACCAACUACAGAAUAUGGUUGAAUUUGAAACAACUGGAUUCUAUCCUAUCCCAUCGGAAGAACAGUACAGGAAAAAUAUGGAUAUUGUGGAUAGUCUGAGAAAUGAUUAUGCUAAUGGUCGCAAAUACCAAACGGACAUUGGCUAUGUUUAUGAUGAGCAGCUUUUGAAACAUAGUCCAACUCAUGAAACUGCAAAAUCGCCUCCUGAGAAACCUGAAAGAUUGUUGGAAAUAAUGAAGUGUUUCGAAACGUUUGGAUUAUUGGAAAGAUGCAAGAAAAUCGAACUCUCCAAGUUCAAAGAAGCUGAGUGGAUAAAAUCUACUCACGACGAGGGAUACUCCAACAGUCUUUCGACCCAGAAAGACCUUCGCGAGAAGCCCGAUUGGUUUUUCAAUGAAGCCACGGGUGAAUGUGUCCUGAAAUGCGUUUCAUGUAUCCUUUCGCUGGCCAAAAGCAUUCACGAUGGUUCUGUCAGGGCAGGAGUUGCCCUGAUACGUCCGCCAGGACACCACGCUUCUUUCGAUAGCGGAUCUGGCUUCUGCUUCGUGAAUAAUGUGGUGAUCGCUGCGGAGUAUCUCAUCAAACAGGAGAAUUACAAGAGAGUGUUGAUUGUGGAUUUCGACAUUCACCAUGGUGAUGGAACCCAGAACCUGACAUAUAACAGGUCUGACAUUAUGUAUAUUUCUGUGCAUCGUUAUGAUGAGGGAAAGUUCUUCCCUUCGAGCAAUAAGGCAGACUAUUCUCAUACUGGAGAAGGUCAAGGAAAGGGAUAUAAUGUCAACAUUCCCUUCAAUAAGGGAAAUAAGAGUGACACAGACUAUUGGAACGUCUGGCUCAAACUAGUUCUACCUCUAGCAUUCUCUUACAAUCCAGACUUCGUAAUCGUUUCAGCAGGAUUCGAUGGUGGAUAUUUCGAUCCACUUGGGGGUGGUUACAAACUUACCCCAGAAAUUUUCGGACAUUUCGUUCAUACUCUGAAGCCAUUGGCUUCCGGAAAAAUCCUUCUAGCCUUGGAGGGAGGAUACCACUUGGAGACCACAGCUUUAUCUAUGACUAUGUGCCUCAAAGCUCUUCUCGGCGAUCCCUUACCUGUACCGAGAGUAUGCAGCAAAAUUGGAUAUGAUACCAUUGAAACUAUACAGAAUGUUCUUCGAAUUCAUAGAAACAAAUGGAAACUUCUGGACGUGAAUAAAAAAAUUGCCGAUUUUACUUGUAUGGAUGAAGAGAAAGAAAAAUUAGAAGCUAUGGUUGAAGACGAAUCUGGCUUCAAUGACAUUAUGAACAAAAUUGCCGAGAGGACGAAGAAAGUCACGUGA